AUGGCGUCACCGUCUCCUUCCCUCGUCUCUCCAAGCUUCCGCUCGAGCUGUCCCGCCUCCGACGCUGUUGACGACGGCUCCGGCGCCUUCGCGGGACCUGCGAACGAGCCGCCGCCACUCUGCUCUGUGGUCGUCGGCAAACAUCUCCAGCCUCCACGUGCCGCGGACGCGACGCCGCCCUCCCCAGAUGGAGCGGCCAAAACCAGUCGAUGCGACAAACCUUGGCUGAAGUGGCCUGCGACUCUCGAGGACGUCAGACAGAGCGAGGCCCACAGAGAGCUUCGCGCCUACCUCACGAGCUUCAAAACCGUGGCGGAGCGGACGCGCCAAGUUCGAGACGCAGUUGUCAAGGCGCACCGUGCCGCGCUAGCGUCGAGCAAAGAACAAACCAGCGAGAAAAACGUGGCCGCGUUCUUCCAAGGAGGGCGAACUGAUGACUGGGCCUUGUACUCCUCGGACUGCGAUAAGAACGUGUUUCGCCAGGAACAGUUUUUUCGCUACAUCUUCGGAGUGAACGAGCCAGACCUGUUUGGCCUUUUGGACUUCUCGCAUGAGGAAGCAGUUCUCUUUGUGCCCUGGACGUCGCCGGACUACCAAAGGUUCAUGGGGCCUCCGCGGGGAGCCAAGUGGUACGAGGAGGUCUACGGGCUUGACGCAGUGGUCGUGUACACAGAAGGCCUCGAGGAAAUCAAGGAGGAGCUGCAGAAGAGAAACAUCGACCGCCUCCUGGUUCUGCGCGGGCAAAACAGCGACAGCGACAGGCUCGUGGACCCGCCGCCUGCGGCGCGGACGCUGGGCGUCUCCUCGGUGGACGACUCGACCUUCCUCUACGACCUGCUCGUGGAGUGCCGCGUGCACAAGACGCAACUGGAGCGCGACUUCCUUCGCGCUGCCUGUCUCGCCUCUUCCCAAGGUCACGCCUUCGUCAUGCGGAAUACCUAUCCCGGCAUGAUAGAGGGACAGGCCGAGGCUCUCUUCAAGGCGUUUGUUCACUACGCCGGCGGCGCCAGACACGUGGCGUACGACUGCAUCUGCUGCGCAGGGCCUCACGGCGCGAUCCUCCACUACGGACACGCUGGGCGCCCUAACGACGGCGUUAUCCGGUCGGGCGACAUGCUCCUGUUCGACAUGGGGGGCGAGUACGCAGGGUACUCCACGGACAUUACGCUCAGCUUCCCUGUCUCCGGCGUGGCGACGCCUGAACAGCGCGUAAUGUACGAGGCGGCGCAUGGGGCCCAGGCGGCCGUCGAGGCGGCGAUGAAGCCCGGCGUCCUCUGGACUGAUAUGCACCGCUUGGCAGAGGAGAAGAUUCUCGAACGACUGAUCCGAGCAGGGCUGCUCACGGGGCCUCUGGAGGCCUGCGUCGCGACGCAUCUCGGUAGCGUCUUCAUGCCUCACGGAUUAGGGCAUCUCCUCGGUCUCGACACGCACGACGUCGGCGGCUUCACCGCCGAGUUUCCGCGCCGCGCAGAGCCUGGGCUCUGCUACCUGCGGACGACGAGGAAACUCGAAGAAAACAUGGUAAUCACUGUCGAGCCAGGCUGCUACUUCGUGCGGUUCCUCAUCGAAAAGGCCCUAUCUGACAGCACACAGAGCAGGUUGAUAAACAGAGACGCUCUGGAGCCCUAUAUGGAUCUUGGCGGCGUGCGGCUGGAAGACGUCGUUCUCGUUACGAGCGACGGCAUUGAGAAUCUCACGGUCGUGCCGCGUCGCUUGGAAGAUGUCGAGGAACUCCUUGCCCUCAGGACGAACUUGACAAAAAAGACAGAAUCCUGA